AUGGCGCCUAAGCCCACUGAUUCACAAACUUUGGGGGGGGGAGGGGGGUCUCCUCACACUGAAGUUGAAGAUGAGUAUGAGAAGCUGGUGAUUAAAAUGAACCCACCAAGGGUUACUGUGGAUAACACCUCAGACAUGGCAGCCACUUUGGUGAAGGUGGAUAGUGUUAACAAGUUUGGGAGCUUGUUAGAAGUUGUGCAGGUUUUGACUGAUCUGAAGCUUACCAUAAGAAGAGCUUACAUUUCCUCUGAUGGAGAGUGGUUUAUGGAUGUGUUUCAUGUUGUAGAUAGGGAAGGGAAUAAGAUUUACGACGGCGAAGUUAUCGAUCGAAUCGAAGAGUCGUUAGGAGCGAAAUCGUUUAGCCUUCGGUCUGCGACAAGAUCGGUCAGUAUUCAAGCUACUGCUGAAUACACUUGCAUCGAACUUCUAGGCCAAGACCGGCCGGGGCUCCUCUCGGAGAUUUUCGCGGUCCUCGUGAACCUCGAGUGCAAUGUGGUGGGGGCCGAGGUGUGGACGCAUAGUUUGCGAAUGGCUUCCGUAAUUUAUCUAACCGACGAGUCGACCGGCACCCCGAUCGAGGACCCUGAUCGGCUCAACACGAUGAAGAGGCUUCUAAGAUUUGUUCUGAAAGGCAGCGGAGAUAAGCGGAGUACUGCGAGGACAGCUAUUUCCGAAGAAGUGACCCACAUAGAAAGACGGCUUCAUCAGCUGAUGUGCGCCGAUCGGGAUUGCGCGCUGGGAGGUAGCAAGUGUUCGGACGAGGAAGAAGCUGAGCAGAGUGAGACGAAUAAGACGGUCGUGACGGUCGAGAGCUGCGUAGAGAAAGGGUAUACGGUCGUGAAUGUAAGGUGCAACGACCGUCCGAAGCUGCUGUUCGACGCUGUUUGUACUCUCACUGACAUGGAGUAUGUGGUGUUCCACGGAACUGUUAUCGCCGAAGGGCCAGAAGCUUAUCAGGAAUUCUAUAUCAGACACCUCGACGAGAGCCCCAUAAUCUCCGAAGCGGAGGGGCGGCGAUUAGUCCACUCCUUAGAAGCCGCGAUCGAGAGGAGAAACACUGAGGGAAUAAGGCUCGAGCUCUGCUGCGAAGACCGGUUCGGGCUCUUAUCGGACGUGACGCGAAUCUUUCGAGAGAACGGACUUUCUGUGACUCACGCGGAGGUCUCGACGAGGGGAGCUCAAGCAGUGAAUGUGUUCUACGUCAUGGAUGCGACAGGAGGUCCAGUCGAGAGCCAAACAAUCGAGGCGGUGAGAAAUAAAAUCGGGGAGAAAAUUCUGCAUGUUAGAGAUGAUCUCAAGUCGAAAUCGCCGACCAAGGACAGUGGGAGUUCCUCUUUCGGAAACAUGAUUAGGUCUAGGUCAGAGAAGUUUCUGUAUAAUCUGGGGUUGAUAAGAUCAUGCUCUUGAGAUUUAGUUUUUAGCAUUAAUCAGUGAGAACUUCUCAUCAACAGCUUGUUGAUCUUCAGUUUAUGGCCUUUGUAACAUAUCUGGGGAAGAGAGACCUCCUCCUCAUUUUGUAAAUAUAUGCCCUAAUCUCAUAAUCUGCUCAUCUGAACUGAUUUUUUU